UCAGUUCACAUAGUUUGGCAAUAUGACUAGAUAUGUUGAUCUUUAAAUAUUGUGUUUUGGUAUUUAUUCUUCCACAGAUUAACGUUACAAGUGAAAGUGGUGGAGUAUGCUACAAAAAGAAAAAAGUGAAUGGAAAAGAUGUGAUCACCGAAAGGUGCUGUAAUGGUUUUGUCAAAAGGUUAGAUGGGAAAUGUAAAGAAUGUCCAUCUGGCUCUUAUGGGGAAAACUGCCGCUUUAACUGCAUUGCUCCCUUUUAUGGAAAGCAGUGUGAAAACUUAUGUGAAUGCAAGAGAUGUCAUCACAUUUAUGGGUGUGGAGAACAUUUAUCAACUACGACAGAAAAUUUAUAUGAUACUACAGAAGACAUACAAUCUUCAAAGUUGUUCAACCCAGAGCCUACUGAUAUAUCAACAGAACAUGCAACUAGACAUUAUAAACCAGAUAUUUCACUGACACAAAGACCCGAAGGGAACCAAAAUAAUGACAAUCAAGGACAAUUGACUAUAUGGGUGUAUGUAGCUGUCGUUGGUGUAUUGCUGUUAAUUGUUGGUGGUGCAUUGUUUAUCAAAAUUGGACUCGCAAAAACAAUUUGCAAAUUCCUGUCAAACUCCAAGCAAACUGAACAUGAAGAUAACCUGAGAAUAAUUAGAAUUCAACCCAUAUUAGAGGAAAUAAACGAUGCAGCAUCAGAAGAAGAUGUUUAUUGUGAAAUACGAGAAUCACGUAUGAUAGAUUGUAUUAACCAAGCCAGGCCACUCACAGGAAGAUUCAACUCAAACGUCAAACCUUUUCCUAAAAAAUGUUCAACAUUAAGAGAAAAUAUUUACAAUCACCUAAACUAUAACCAGUCACUCCCGAACCUUUGUAUUGGUAACGACUAUGAACAUGCGCAUGCAAAUAAUACAAUAGGUUUGUUAACCAAUUCAGAAAAUUGUUUGAUUGAAUUACGAGAAAAUAGAAAGCUACAAAGUGUACCAGAAUUAAUGUCAAGUGAUUCAUACGAGGAAGUAAGCUGUUCCACAAAUUAUGGUAUAAUCUGGGGAAAUCAAUGAUCAUCAUGAAUGAACAGGAUAUGGAAUCAGACGGGAAACACUUCGAAAACAAUAAAAGUGUUUAAUUUUGUCAUCCUGUAUAAUUUUGUCAUCCUGUACAUGUGUCAAUUACUAUCUUCCUGGGUUUUUUACUCAUUGUUUCAAGUAUCAAAUAUUUAUAAAACACAUGCAAGACCAAUAAUAAUACUUUGGUGUACUAGUAUAACUAUGAGGGUCUGGAUGGGGUUUACAAAAUAGACAAUAACCGGUCAAAUCUACGGAAAAAUGGGCCUUAUUCCCUAUUCUUUAUAUUUCAGCACCCAGUUAUUCUCUCUUCUUUAUUUUUAUGCUCCAACCGCAAGGUGAAGGGGACAUUAAGUGUUAUCUUUGACCGUCCGUUCUUCCGUCCGUCUCAUUUUCGUUUGAAAAGCAAGACUAAGCGGGGGCAUUCGUGUCCAUAGACACAUUUUUCUUUUGUUUUUUUGCCUAUUUUUAUCUAUUCUUUAUAUUUGUUUGCCCUUUAUUCUGCACUUUUUGUCCAUAAUUCGCUUUUCUCUUUUCUGUAAACCCAAUUCAGACCAUCAUACAAAAUAAAUUUUAAAUUUAAUAGUACAUUUAAUAGUUGAAUCAGUGUAUAUAAAUGUCAUUAGCUUGUACGCUUUUAAACACACAGUUUUUGUAGGUCAAGUGAAAAGUUACUUAUAGAAUAAAUGCAUAUAAACUUUGUUAUACUGACUGUAAAAAAGUAUCCUUUGUGUAUAUAGUAAUGUUUGUAUAGACAAUAGACAAUAGUUUAUUAGCACAAACGGAAUUAUAACAAUUGGUAAAGGCCCAAUUUAGUACAUUGUAUAGAAAUACAUAAAAAAAAAAAUAGAUCUACAAAGAUACGAAAAGUAAAUAAUCAAUACUUUCUAAACAGGAUAUUGAUUUUAAUAUCAUUAAUGGUUUUGUAAAACAUUAUUUCCAAUUUUCAACAAUUCAGAAAUGUAAUUUGAACAUACAAUAACAAUUAUCGUUGACUGACGCACUGUUUAAUAUUUUUAGUUUUGACUUUAUGCUAUCAUUAUGUAUAUUUCUAAAAUUUGGGUAAAAUUUAGACACGGCCUGCAACGCGACAAAGGAGUAGGUCCAGUAAGACCCCUUUUUGACCCCAAAAUAGAGCAGUUUUACAAAAUUGUUAAAAUGUAAACUUUUAGCUAUUUAUUGGAAAGAAGAAUACUUCUGUUACAUAAAUAUGGGCUGUUUUUGACAAUACAAUGCACAUGUAUCGGGUACUAGCAUCAUUAAGUCAUGCUAAAUUACUGAAAUCUUCACAAUUUUAGCAUUUGAGUUAAUUUUUAGACGGUUUUCGUCUUAAAUGGAAGAGGCCGCUUUCGUGUUCAUUCUUAAUAUUUAAAUGUAAGUUGUAUUUGAUGAUAAUACAUAUCAUAUAUAAAGAUCGAGGAUGAACACGAAUGCGGCCACUUUCAUUUUUGACAAAAACCAUCUGAAAAGUGACAUAUUAUGGCAUAAUUGAUAGAUUUUUAAUAUUUAAGCCUGAAUUUGAGCGUCUUUAGUGACUAAAUCGGCCCAAAUCUUUCAGAUAAACUAAUUAAAUCUACUAAAGUAGACACUUGAGUGUUUAAAAAGUGUCCAAAAUAUUUCAUCAGAUGAACCUGAAAUUUGAGGCCAAAAUCGGCCCUUACCGGACCUUCUCCUUUACGAUUAUAUACCUUUGUGGUAUUUUUUCACAUAGAACACCACUUUGAAUGAUGUAUACCGCAAAAACGAAGUCGUUGACCAUAUGAAUAUUUUAUAUCAUUAAAACGGAAAUUUAUGUUAGAACAACAUAUAAUUUUUUAAGAAAAAUCUAUGUAGUAGAAAUUGGAGAUUUGAUGAUUUUAAGACAAAUUUAAGAAAAAAUUUCGCCGGUUUUAUGUGCUUUCUAUAUAAAUGUUCACCUGUUUUGAAAGAAUUUAUUCAGUGAUAUUUCAGAUAUUAAAUACAUUAUUUUUUUCGAUUUUCAGUUAUAGAUCGACGAGCCAAAGUUGUAUGCAACAUUUUAGCAAAAUCUGUGAAAUAGCCCAUUUACUGUUCCUUGACCUUAAGGCAAUGCCAAAUAAAGUGUUUUCAUCUUCAAUGUUGUUGUGUGUACACACUUUACAAAAUCAUUCAUUUCUUGCCGUUCUGUUAUAUUUCCCUCUUUCUAUUUCAUGGGAAUGAGCACUUAAUCUUAUUUUAGCUAUAACAGAACGAUCAGACUUGAAAGUAAGUUGAUCAACAUAUGGUGUACGUUCUCCUACCUUUGAAAUAUAACGGAAAAAAUAUAAUAAUUCAAAAUAAAACAUCUUGGAGCGUUGAUCUUGUAAGUUUCCUUUUUGAGAGCUAUUACUAUUCAGUCAGGAUUCUUCUUAGUUAAAAUUAUCUCCCAAUUACGCCACCUAUUUUUUCAAUCGUAAAAAUGGAAGUCAUUGUAAGGAUGACGCGCUAACAAAUUUAGCUCUUGAAAACAGAUAAAUUUAUCCAUAUAGCAUCAUAACGAUCCUUAUAUGACAGUUGUAUUCUAAAAGACAAAUGUCUCUACUAGCUAUUAAGCAUUCUUUAAUGUACUGUUGUGCCUUUAGUCAACUUAAUACUAGUGUCUGAUCGGUUGUCCGGGGGAAUUUUCGAAAGUUCAAAAACAUUAUAAAAAAAUCUAAUAAAAUAUUUCGUGGAAGGGCAGACUAAAAAUUUUUUAGAGGUUGAAGAAUAAAUACCAAAGAUAACAUACACAAAAAAAUGUAUAAUUUGUAUAUUUUUUUUUAAGUUAGGCACAAAAAAAAUCCACAAGUAAAGUCUAUACAAAUCCUUGGAAAGUUAUUUCCCUUGACCCAUAUAUUUAAUUUUUUACAACUGUGAAUUUUUAAUGUUAUUAUAUCAACCUGUAGCCUAAAUAUAUUAUAUAAAUAUAAUCUGAAGCGAGA